AACCUGCCCGAGCAGCCGACCGUCAGUCCGGCAUGUAAACAAGGUCAGACACUGCAGCACACAGUCCGAACACCUCCUCCAGACGCGGACGGCUGCUCGCUUUUAAGGAAAGAGAAGAAGAACAACUUAUUUACUAAACCUCUGAGGAGAAAGGCCAGCCAAGAUGAUGCAGUGUUUCCACUUCAUGGUGGAGCCGGCCAAAACCUUUGCGGCCAAGAUAAAGGAGUCACACAAGAGAGCGAAGAAUGAGAAGAGGGAGCCUCUGGAUGAGGAUCAGCUGUUCGUUGUGGAUCUGGCUCGAGAUCUAAGCCGAGUAUGCCAGAGGUCCACUGUCCUAAAGCACAUCUGGAACCUUGACGACACCUGGCCCGUCUCUCUCUGCAGGGCCUUCAUCCUCCAGUGGGCCUCCAUGUUAGAGAGCAAGAAGAGGCCCAUACAGACAGAUGGCUGGCCAGAGGUGGAAGAGGUCAAACAGCCUGAUAUGAUCAAUGAGCAGGACCUGCUGCAGGCCAAAGCUGUGAUCCUCAACUGGAUCAAGGACCUGAGGGCUCAGCCUGACCAAAGUGUGUGGCCCGGGGAACCUGUGGCAAAGGUUCUGGAGGACCUGCAGUCAGCCUGGCGUUGGGGCACCGUGCCCAAUCUGCUGAGUGCUAUGGAGCUGGUGUUAUGGACUUUAAUGGUGCAGCGCCCAGAUAAGGAUACCAUCCCGCAGCAGUGGCUGAUGUGGAAGCAGAAGACUCAGACGAUUGGUGCCAUCUCCUACAUUCCUCAACCAGUGUGGGACUGGAUCUCAGCUGCAUCAGUGGAGGUGAAUCUGGAUCUGGACACAGCCAACCCUGAUCUGCUCAUCUCCACUGACGAGAAGAGGAUGCGCUGUCAUAGCGACCGGAAGGAUAUUCCCAACUACCACCAACGCUUCGACGGCUGGUGGUGCGCUGUCGGGGUGGAGGGCUUCGGCUCCGGCCGCCACUACUGGGAGGUGGAGGUGGGUGAGCGGGACUGGAGGCUGGGCGUGGCCAAAGAGUCGGCCCUGAGGAAAGGCUUCAAGUCCCUGAACACAGAUACGGGUUACCUGAGCCUGCGGCUGGAGAGGGGCACCGAGCUGAAGGCACUGACGGUGCCAUUCACCGCCCUGCCGCCCGGCCUCAUCCCCAGCAAGGUGGGCAUCUACCUCGACUACGACCGCGGCCAGCUGUCCUUCUACGACGUGGACAAACACUUCCAUAUUUACACCUACAACGAGAGCUUCGAUGAGAAGCUGUUCCCCUUGUUUGGUACAGUGGAGUUCAUCAAUGAUCUGGUGAUCAAGUCUCCAGCAGCUGGGAGCCAAUGUCUCUGCCCGACGCCCUGCUUCUGGCGUUGAGUCUGCUCAUGUCACCUCUUCCUUUAAACUCCAGUAGAUAUAAUAAUAAAGUACAACAAAUGGUUCUGUAAUAAUCACUGGAAGAAAUCAGAGAUCCUGAUGUGAAACCACCAUUGUGCUAUUGAAUAGCUCCACUAUGUGACCCCUCUCUAUGCUGCUGCUGCUGCUGCUGCUUUAAUGUGAUUGUCGCAACCACUUCCUCACUAUAGAGUUACAGCGCUCCUCUUUGCUCACACAUAUUCCAUGUAUUUUUGAAAAGGAACCUAUAGUAUUAAUGUAAUCUAUUGUGCAAUAUUAACCCAGCAGUGAGAAUGCAUUUCUGUCUGUGAAUGAUAAAUAAACCAAAUCCAAGUCUUA